AUGGUUGUUCAAUCUCAACUCGUGUUCGACCAUUUUGCUCCCAUCAAAUCCUGUAAACGCACUGCUCUGUUCACCGGAAUUCCGGUGAUCAACCUCAAAGACCCAGAAGCCAAAAUCCAAAUCGUCAAAGCCUGUGAAGAUUUCGGCUUCUUCAAGCUCGUCAACCAUGGCGUCUCCGACGAACUUAUCGCUGCUCUCGAAUCCCAAACUCUAAAAUUCUUCCAUCUCCCUCAAUCGGAGAAGGAAAAAGCAGGGCCACCCGACCCAUUUGGAUACGGCAGCAAAAGAAUUGGCCCAAACGGCGAUGUGGGUUGGAUUGAAUAUCUUCUCCUCAAUACAAAUCCCCAACUCAUUUCCCAAAAAUCUAUCUCCAUUUUCCAUGAAAAUCCCGAGAUUUUCCGGUGCUUGGUUGAAGAAUAUAUAUCAGCAAUGAAGGAGAUGGCUUGCCAAGUGCUGGAAUUAAUGGCAGAAGGGUUAAAGAUUGAGAAAAGUGCUUUGAGUAAGCUGUUGAAAGAUGAAAGAAGUGAUUGUUGUUUUAGGUUAAACCAUUAUCCGCCAUGCCCGGAACUUGAAGCUUUGAGUGGAAGGAAUUUGAUUGGGUUUGGGGAACAUACAGACCCACAGAUAAUAUCUGUGUUGAGAUCAAAUAAUACUACAGGACUUCAUAUUUGUUUAAGAGAUGGGAAUUGGGUUUCAGUUCCUCCUGAUCACACUUCCUUCUUCAUCAAUGUUGGUGAUUCAUUACAGGUGAUGACUAAUGGGAGGUUUAAGAGUGUAAAGCACAAGGUUUUAGCAGAUCCAAUAAAAUCAAGGUUUUCAAUGAUCUACUUUGGUGGGCCACCAUUGAAUGAAAAGAUUGCACCUUUACCAUCACUAUUGGAGGAAGGAGAGAAAAGUUUGUAUAGAGAAUUCACAUGGUGGGAUUACAAAAGCUCAGCUUAUAAAUCAAGACUUGCUGAUUGUAGGCUAACCCCUUUUGAGAUCAAAAAUCUCACCCCUUUGCUGACCUAA